AAAAAAAAAAGAAGACGAGCACUGUGCAAUCCGAGCAGCACACAAACACAACAGGCGAGGCUGUGACAGAGCGGACGGGAGCCGGCUCUGUGUGUGAGACCCCCCCGCUGUGCGUGGAGGUCGCUGGAGGAACAACUGGAAGUGGAUCAUGCGUGUGCACAGCAGACUCCUGCCCAGAGAACACGUCUCCUCUGUGCGUGUGGGAGCCGUGCGGGGCGCUGGCUGUGGCGCACACUGACUCCUGCAGCUCCGCGGUGAUAUGUGAUAGCAGCAGCAGCAGCAGCAGCAGCAGCAGCAGCAGCAGCAGCAUGCCGUACGUGGACCGGCUGAACCGUGUGUGUGGUUUCCUGGACAUCGAGGAGAAGGAGAACAGCUGCCGCUUCCAGAGACGAUACUUCAUCCUCGACACGCAGGGAAAUGCUCUGCUGUGGUAUAUGGACAACCCUCAGAACCUGCCGAGCGGAGCCAGCUUUGUUGGCAGCCUGAAGCUAACCUACAUCUCUAAGGUGAAUGAAGCCACAGCGAAGCAAAAGCCCAAGACAGAGUUCUGUUUUGUCAUUAAUGCAGUUUCGCGGCGUUACUUCCUCCAAGGAAACGAUGUGACUGACAUGAGGGACUGGGUUGCUGCUCUCAACAAGGCCAGCAAGAUCACUGUUCCUAAAUCUGGCCCUGCACCUCCGAGGUCCGAUGUGACGACAGUGAUCGGCGACACUCAGGCAGGGAAGAGGCAGCAGGCCUACAAGACUGAGAUCAUCGGGGGGGUGGUGGUGCACACUCCCAUCCAGAAUGAGAGUGAAGAGACGGAAGGCAGAGAGAGGAAGGGCAGCAGGCUGGGCGUGCUGAGAUGUGGUUACUGUGUGAAACAGGGAAAUGUGCGAAAAAGCUGGAAGAGGCGUUUUUUCACCCUGGAUGAAAACACAGUCAGUUACUUCAAGUCUGAAGUGGAUAAGGAGCCUCUCCGAGCCAUUCCACUCAGGGACAUCCAGAGGGUCCACGAAUGUCUCGUCAAGUCUGGGGAUCUCCUGCUGAGAGACAACCUGUUCGAAAUCAUCACCAGCUCCAGAACCUUCUACAUUCAGACAGACUCUCCAGAGGAGAUGCACAGUUGGAUCAGGGACAUUGAGUUGAAGAUUCAGGAGUUCAGAGGACCCCCGAAGGGUUUUUCAUUCAAUCGUGCCUCUUCUCUGUAUCGGAGUCACAACUCCUCUGCGUCUUGUGGUCAUCCGAGUGAACUGGUCAGACCCUCCCUGGUCAAGUCCUGCUCUGUGGCGCCGGGCUGGCAGCCCUGGACCCCUGUCCCCCCCUGUGAGCCCUCCAUCAUGGAUGCAGAGGACGAGGACUGCCCUUUCAUCUCCCUCCCAAACUUGCCCUCUCUCUCCUCCUCCUCCACCUCUUCUUCCACCUCCUCCUCCUCCAACUCCCUCUCUGCCCCUUGCCCCGGGGCGAAUCCCGGGCCGACCGCCAGCGGACUGGGGAUCCUCGCGGCGUCAGGAGACGCGGCGAGCGAGCGUCGGAGGCACCGCUCUCAGCCUCAGCCUCACACCGGCUGCAGCUUCCCCUUCAGCCUUGAUGACGACGGCAUCCGCACCACAGACGUCUAGUUCUCUGGAGUCUCGUGUGUGGACUCGAGCGUUGGUACCUGUUUUGAAAUGAAUGUGACUGUUAAUAAUAGUAUUCCCUGCUAAUGAAGUGACACUGUGACUGAGAUUGGGGGCCCCCUGCUGGUCUCGUAGGUGCUUUGCAGAUGAAGGAUCACCCAGCAGACCAGCGGCACAGUGUUGGUGGAUCACAGGACUGUGAAAAGGUACGAUGGAGUGGUUUUAGUGCAACGUCCUCUCAAAACUUGAAUAGUCUUGUUAGUUGUUCUUACAGACUUUAACAUUUUGGCACAUGCACAAAAGAAGGUAUAUUUUGUCACCCCCUCACUAGACGUAUUCACAUAUUAGUGGAUAAAUAUUAGUGUCCAUGUGUUUAAUAUUCAUACUUAAUUUCACAAAAUACCCAAAUUCAUUUUAUUUUCCAGUUGUGCUGAGCAGUGCAUCCCCUCUUUCCUCUAGAGACAAAAAUUGGGUUAAAUAAACCUCACCUCAAACGUACUUCCAUUAAAGGGACUCUUACCUUUGUUGCAUUUUUACACUUUUUUUGGAUAAGGUUAAAUUGGUAUUAAUAAGGUAAUGACACUCUAAAAUGCAAGACAGACCCACCAGGAGUAAAAACAAACAAUUAUUUCACUCUCAUAAUAUUUAGUGAAAACUUCAACCAAUAAAAUUCUUCGGACCGAAGGACCUUAUUGGCCGACAGACCUGUCUGUUUGCUGCAUGGACAUGCAGGUUUUCCGUCUGCUUCUUGUGGCGCAUUCGGGCCCGCGUCAUCAAGGCAUGUGAAUGUAAAUGUAUAUAACUUACCGAAUCCAUUGCUUUGGUAAACAAAAACUCACGUGCGUGCGUGGCGGAGGCAGUAGGUUGUAAGUCUGCUUGUAAAUAAAGUUUCUUCAAAAAAACACCGCGGAUGGGAACGAGGGGGUGGGGCAUUGGAGGAAGGCGGGAUGAUUUGAAUGUGCUGUAAUUCUCAAAUGCAACAAAGGUAAGAGUCCCUUUAAUGAUUAACAAGCAUUUAUUAGCACAAUCUAAUCAGGUGUCUGGGGGAAAGUGUCCUGUCUCGUAUAAAACACGGUACGUGCACUCACAUGCCAACUGACUCCAGUGUUUCCAUCUGCACAGGCAGAGACCAAGGAGUCCGCAGCAGCUUUUAUGUGUUUGCACUAUGUUUUAGAUAAUCUUUUUAAUAGGUGGCUUCAAGAUCAAGCGUCAGUUAACUGUGACUCGUCUCUUUUUGUUUAACGUGGUACCGUAACAACACAACCGUGUUUCAGUGGUACUCAUCGUAGAAUGUACUUCCACUAUCAAAGUACAGCUGAUCAGCUGGUUGUCAGCUUUGUAAAUGUGAUAUUUUUUUUUUACUUCAGCAUUACAUGGGAAAAUGUGCCACUACUUUUGGUAAUUUAAUUGAUAUUCCGCACUUUUCUUUUUCUCAUUUUUACUUGUUUUUUUAAUUCCUUUUUUUGACACAGCUUUCACGGCAGAUUUAUCAGCUUCCUCUGAGAUGACGCCUCAGAUAUUUUGUGUUGUUACAUAUUCAGCCUCAAACACUCACAGGUUCACCCCAAGACUUAAUCCAUGUGGUUCCAUGUUCCACGCCUGUUUUCUGAAGCUGUGUGCACUUGUCUGCCUGCGUACAUUGUUAAUUCUCCAACUUGUACAUUAAAUGAUGCUUUUUAA